AUGGUAGUGGUGGCGGAAAGCAUUGCCAAGUCUGGCAGCACCAAGCGUCUGACGUUUCUGGCCAUGCGGCGGAAGGCAAGCUUUCUAGCCUCCACGACGGAGGACCAUGGAUUGGAGGACACAGUGGCGCCCUUGCUGCGCGAGAUGAAGCGCACCGAGCGCAUAGAGCCCGCGGCUCCGAGGAAAGGCGACCAACACCUCGACGGGCGCCGCUGCUGCGGCAGGGGCGUCAUCAUUCCUGAUUCGGAUAACUUCUGGUAUUCGGCGUGGGAGUUUUACAUGCUCUCCCUGCUCGGUUUGAGCUGCUUUCUGGUGCCCCUGGACGUCGUGCUCGAGAAGGGCAGGCACGAGUCGCCCUUCACCGCAGCCUCGAACAUUAUCGACAUCUCCUUUACGAUCGACAUAGUCAUGAAUUUCUUCAAGGCCUACGAGAGGGUGAACACACUUGGAGGAACGGAAUGGGAGGACGAUAACUGGCUCAUUGCUCGGCACUACUGUUCACUACCUUUCAGUGAUUCCCGCGGUCAGGCUGGCUGGUUCUGGAUUGACCUUCUCGCCACAGGACCGCGAUUGCUGUCCAUACUGUUCGCCAGUGUCCACCAACACGUUUCCGGUGUGAAGGCCAUGGCGAUGCUCAGGGCUCUGCGGAUAUUGCGCUUCCUGCGUCUGCAUCACAUGGAACGGCUCUCGCACUUCAUGCUACGAAUCAACGUGAGGUUGGGCUUCUCCCUCAACGUCCUGGAGAUAGUCAGGUCCGCAUUUCUUGUAUCGCUCACCUGCCACUGGCUUGCGUGCCUGUGGGUCGGCAUCGAGAGCAUUCACUGGAGGGGCGUCUUCUUCGAGCUCGCGGGCUUCACGUCGGAAAAGUCGUGGCUGUCGCACCUGGUCGAUCAGUCUGGCGACCCGUGCGCCCCGUCGGUGGAGGAGGACGGCAUGUGCGUGUACAUGUUGGCUCUGUAUUGGUCUGUCAUGACCAUCACCUCUGUUGGCUACGGCGACAUUGUCCCUCAGAACCACACCGAGUACGUUUUCAGCGUCUUCGCCACGAUGGCACUCGCGCUUGUCUGGGCCUACGUGAUCGCCACGGUCGUUUCCAUAGUCAGCAAUUUCAAUGCCGCUGCCCAAACCUUCAAUCAGCAGAUGGACGAGCUCAACGACGUGUGCGUUGGGCGGCAACUGCCUCACAAAUUGCAGGUCCAGCUGCGAGACUACAUGACCAUGUCAAGCCAUAUACCAAAACAGAUGGCCCAGAUCAAGAUGCUGGGCGAGCGCCUUUCAGAUAGCCUCCGGGCCAAGAUCACGGAGCACACGCGCGGAAGAUUCCUAAACAAAGUUUGGUGGGUGCAAGAUUUGCCACCCGUCGCGAAGCAUGAGAUCGCGCAACGCAUGGAGGUGCAUUUCUUUGGGGCCCACGAGGACCUCAGCUUGUCCUACAAGAUGCUCUUCGUCAGGGACGGGAUCCUGAGGGUGAACGGUCUGCGAGUCCUCGGGCACGGGGACGUGUGGGGCGACGUGGACGUGUUGCUCGAGACAGAGGAGCUCGUCAGGGAUCACCUCCGCACGAUCUCUUUUGUGGACUCCGUGACGCUGUCGCAGCUCGCGCUCCGCGAGGUCUGCCAGGAGUUCCCGGCCGUCGACCGGAGGCUCCGCCGCGCCCAGGUGCGCUGCGCGGUGUUCCGUGCUUUCGUCCGCACCGCCCAAGCAAGAAAGUGCGGCCUCUUCUCGGCUCACGACGUCAUAAAGUCGGGCAAGAGGAGGGGCUCCUUCGUGACGUCGAUGCCGCUCAACAGAAAGGAGGAGGCCACGCAGGAGCUCGGGCUGCAGCUGGAACAGCUGGUCGCCGCACAGGAGGAGAUGGCCAGGCAGUUCGGCGAGAUGCAGCAGGAGCUCGACGCCUUGGCCAGAGGCGCAGGAGACAAGGCACAGAGCAUGUCCCGGCAAGCGCUCGGACUGGACCCGCCGCAGCUGUCUCGCUGGAGGUGA